GGUAUCGCAUCACAUCAUGCACGACUAUCAUCCUAAAGAUAAAAAUAAAAUGUGCAUGGUUAGAAGGCACCCCAAAAUAUGAGUAACAGUUCAUCAGCAGUACGAAGGAAGAAGAGGUGUGCACGAGUUGAUAGGGAUGAUGGGGUGUUGGAAUGGAAUGUGUUGGGAAAGAUUGGGUUGGAGUGGUUUGGAUUGGUUUAUUUGGGUAAGGAGGAUGGGAUAGGCUGUUGGGUGAUUGAGGAUGAAGGGUGUAGGAAAGGAAGAGAGAAGGAGUGUGGAGAUGAGAAGGAGUGUGGAGGUGAAGGGUGUAGGAAAGGAAGAGAGAAGGAGUGUGGAGAUGAAGGGUGUAGGAAAGGAAGAGAGAAGGAGUGUGAAGAUGAAGGGUGUAGGAAAGGAAGAGAGAAGGAGUGUGGAGAUGAAGAGUGUAGGAAAGGAAGAGAGAAGGAGUGUGGAGAUGAAGGGUGUAGGAAAGGAAGAGAGAAGGAGUGUGGAGAUGAAGGGUGUAGGAAAGGAAGAGAGAAGGAGUGUGGAGAUGAAGGUAAGGGAGGAAAUAGUGGUAAAAAGCAUGGGGGUGAAGGUGGGAAGGAGGGGCGUGGAGAAAAAAAUAACAGCAGAGGAAGUAGCAACUGUGUGAAUGACCAAAAUAAUGGUUCAAGUGGUGCGAAUACAGAUGAUUGCCAGGACGGGUACAGCGAUAAAGAAAAUGUGGGCAUAAACAGCAAUGUAUUUGAUCACAGACCUGUGAGCACAUACCUGGAUAAAAUACGGUACGAAAGCAUAAAGGCUGACGUAAACGAGUAUAAAGUAAAGAAAAAGUUCUCUUUUCCAACGUAUCUCACGCACAAACAAAACUACGGAUUGGAACUGGGCCGGAAAAGAGGACAUGGUGGGGAUGUGCUGGGAAAAGGUGUGGCAUACGGUGUACGGCCUAAGAACACGUGCGGUUAUGCGGAUGGUUGCAGUGCGGUGAGCACAAACCGGAUUAGUGCACGCCACGGUGCUAGCUGUGCCACUACUGGCUCAUCACUGUGCUCGAGCCAUCUUGUGCGUUUGAAGGCUGCACUAUACUUCAAAUCCACCCCAUUCACAAUCGCACCGUCCCUCAUCCACCAAAACAGCAAACUAACAGUGAUGCUAAAAAACAUACCAAACAAAUACACAUCGGCAAUGCUCAUAAACCUCUUGAACGAGGAUCACUACGGCUGCUACGACUUUCUGUAUCUUCGCAUGGACUUCCUGAAUGAGUGCAAUGUCGGUUACGCAUUCAUUAACUUUGUUAAUGCGGAUUAUUUGUGCACGUUUUAUUAUAAGGUCCAUGGAAGGGGAUGGACGAAGUACUCAUCGAAUAAGAUAGCAGAGGUUACGUACGCUAGCAUACAGGGAAUAGAAGCGCUCUAUAGGAAAUUCAGGAACAGCCCUAUUUUGCAUGAACAGGAAAGUUUUAGACCUAAAAUGUUUUAUAAGGAUGGUCCGUUCAGAGGAAUAGAGAAAAAUGUGUUUGAGCUGUGAGUUAGUGAUUGUUCCUGUACUACUUACUAUUUAUGGUAUUGUUUAAUAAAAUGUAAUUAAGGUAAUUCAAAGGUAAAAUUGAAGAAAUGGUGUAACUGUGUUAUAGAAGCAUUCAUUAGAAUAAAUGCGUGUUGGUGUAUUAAUUGGGGUGUACGUUGUGUUUUAAUGGAUGAAUGGGUGGUACUGAGCAGAAAUGUUAGUGGUUUGUAACGUAAAAGAGAAGACCUAAGAACGGUUAUCUUAACUAGGAAAGGAAAUGUGGUGUUUUGAUCGGAGGUUAUGAUUACCUGAAUUGGCUUUAACUCGCAGAAUACGGUGCAGAUGCUUUUCUCUUUUUGUUACGGGAAAAAUAAAUCGUUGUUUUACAAAAAAUGUGAUUUAUUUUGCAAGUUGAUACAGGAGCGGAAUGAAUCUCUGAAGUUAAUUUAUACAUG